GAAUAUUGCGAGAGAAAAUGCUGACUGCUUGCUUUUAUACCAGUGCUCCCCCACUCUUUUUUUAAAUGUUUAAUUUCACCUUUAUUUAACCAGGUAGGUCAGUUGAGAACAAGUUCUCAUUUACAACUGAGACCUGGCCAAGAUAAAGCAAAGCAGUGUGACACAAACAACAACACAGAGUUACACAUAGAAUAAACAAACAUGCAGUCAAUAACACAAUAGAAAAAUCUACAUACAGUGUGUGCAAUUGAAGUAAGAUUAGGGAGGUAAGGCAAUAAAUAGGCCGUAGUGGUGAAGUAAUUACAAUUUAUCAAUUAAACCCUGGAGUGAUAGAUGUGCAGAAGAUGAAUGUGCAAGUAGAGAUACUGGGGUGCAAAGGAGCAAAUAAAUAAAUAACAAUAUGGGAUGAGGUAGUUGGAUGGGAUAUUUACAGAUGGGCUAUGUACAGAUGCAGUGAUCAGUGAGCUGCUCUGACAGCUGAUGCUUAAAGUUAGUGAGGGAGAUAUGAGUCUCCAGCUUCAGUGAUUUUUGCUAUUCGUUCCAGUCAUUGGCAGCAGAGAACUGGAAGGAAAGGCGGCCAAAUGAGGAAUAGGCUUUGGGGGUGACCAGUGAAAUAAACCUGCUGGAGCGCGCGGGUGGGUGCUGCUAUGGUGACCAGUGAGCUGAGAUAAGGCGGUGCUUUACCUAGCAAAGACUUCUAGAUGACCUGGAGCCAGUGGGUUUGGCGAGGAAUAUGAAGCGAGGGCCAGCCAAUGAGAGCAUACAGGUCGCAGUGGUGGGUAGGGCUUUGGUGACAAAACAGAUGGCACUGUGAUAGACUGCAUCCAAUUUGCUGAGUGGAGUGGUGGAGGCUAUUUUAUAAAUGACAUUGCUGAAGUAAAGGAUCGGUUGGAUAGUCAGUUAUACGAGGGUAUGUUUGGCAGCAUGAGUGAAGGAUGCUUUGUUGCGAAAUAGUCAUAAUCUUUAUGUCUGGAAGAGAAGGAAGAACAGAUGGAAACUGACCUCAGUUUGCCCUACAUCUACCAAUAUUUAUGUUCAGUUUUAACACCAACAUUUUAUUGUUUACAGUUGUCAUACUGCCCUCUCCAUACGCCCUAGUUACGUUAGUACAAAACCAACAUAGGCCUACCAAAAUAAAUACACAGCCUCUCUCUCCUAUCCCUUCCAGGCAAACCCCUCCCUAUGAAAAACAGAUAUCCCCCUACAUCCCCGACCCACUGCCUGAUUCUAUCCCCUGACCGAUUCCCUCUUUUGUUUCCAGAACAGCAGACAGAAAUAGAAUCUUCUCCACCGUGCAAUGCCAUAAAUCGCUGCUGCAUGCCUGCCUGCCGGUCCAUCCUGGCCAGCAGCUGCGGCUCCUUCCCUCCCUCCCUCCCUGCCUCCCUCCCUCCCUCUGUUUCUCCUCAGUGUUAAUGGACCCUAGUCUUCAGCCAAGCUGAGUUUGGAGAGAGAGGGAGAAGGCUGCUGUCGGAUGGUAUUUGAUGGUGACCCUUGUCUGUUUAAUUGUUUCUAGAUAAAUCUCCAUCUGACUGGUUGGAUGUAUGUAUGACACUCAUUCUCUCUUCAUGCUAAUUGUUUUGAUGACCUCAGAGAGGGUAUCUCUUCCUAUUGGUUUCUCUCUCCAUAUCUGCUCUCUGUCUAUCUGUCUCUCUCUGUGUCUCUGUCGAUCUGUGUCUCUCUCUGUCUAUCUGUCUCUCUCUGUGUGUCUCUCUCUGUCUCUCUCUCUCUGUAUUUCUCUAUCUCUCUGUCUAUCUCUCUCUAAUUUAUAAUUUUCUCUUUCCAUGUCCUUCAAUUCUCUGUCACUGUCCCUCCCUCUUUCAUCUUUACUCUCUCCCUCUCUUUUAUUACACCAAGAGUCCCUUGUGUGCUUUCUGGUCUUGUUAGGAGAAAUUGGAAUGUACAAAAAUCACAUAAAAGAUCCCAACAACAACUGCAAUAAAAGCCUUCUCCCUGACCAUAAGGAGAAGCUGAUCCAGGCUAUUAAAAGAAUAAAGCAUGAGGUAGACGAGUGCUGGGAGGCAGAGAGAGAGACGUACAUAUGGUCUGUUGGUGUAGAGAGAUGUUUUGAUAAUCUGGAACGGGAGGUCCGAGCUGAGUUCCAGAACCUCCAUCGCUUCCUGGACGAAGAGGAGACCAUGGACAUGGAGCGACUGAAGAAGGAGAAAGAGAAGAGGGUGAAGCUGCUUAGGGAGAGGGAGAAGAAGAUUGCCAUGCAGGGAAGAGAUCUGGAGAGAGGCAUUGCCACGCUAAACAACAAACUGGCCGAGGAAGACAGUCCCAGACUGCUCAAAGAGAUUCAAGACCUCUUGAAAAGAUCCCAGGUGGCUUUCAUACCCCCUCCGCAGGUGGAUGUGGAGGUGCGAUCAGCACACUUUGUGGGGCCCAUCCAGUACAGGAUAUGGAAACACAUGAAGAGCUGCCUGUACCCAAAUAUCACUGAAGUGACCUUUGACCCAGAGACAGCCCACCCCCUCCUCACACUCUCCCCCAGCUGCACUUCUGUGUGGUUCGAGGAGGACAAAGUUAUCCCCAAGGCCUCGGAGGAGGAGCAGCCUCCCAACCCCCGCUGCUUCCACUACUACUACAGUGUCAUGGGCCGAGAAGGCUUCAUCACCGGACGCCAUUACUGGGAGGUGGAGGUGGGCCGCAAGACAGCGUGGCGGCUGGGUGUGGCCAGGGAGGACGUCCACCGGGGGGAGAUGGACUCCAGCGGGACCAGUAACGGUCUCUGGACCCUAUCCCUGAAGGGAGGGGCCAUCUUGGCCUGUACAGACCCCAAACCCACCAAGGUCCCGGUGUCCAUCAGGCCCGUCCGGAUCGGAGUGUUCUUAGACUGUGAGAAGGAGGAAGUAGCGUUCUAUAACGCUGUUACCAUGACGCCGCUGUACACAUUCUCCAUGGAAACGGUGUUCGUUCCGCUGAUCCCCUUCUAUAACCCAUGUGACACGGACGAUGGGAGGAACCUGGGUCCCCUAAAGCUCUUCAGCCCCUCUAUAUGAGAGUACAGCGAACCAAGGUUGUACUGGAGUAUAUGUCAUUUGGGGAUGUGGUGGAGUGAUAGAUAGAAUUUGGAAAUGGUUUGUUUUAUACAGUGUGUGUUUCAGGUAUAAUUUCAUAGCUGGCUGGAAGCAUGAUGUAAAUUGUAUCUGUUAAAAAUCCAAUGAGUUUAUGAUAUGCAUUUACCAGGGGAGGCUGGUGUAAGGAGCUAUAGGAGGACGGGCUAAUUGCAAUGGAAUGGAAUCAAUGGAAAGGAGUCAACGAGGUUUCCAUAUGUUUGAUGUGUUUGAUACUGUUAAAUUUAUUCCAUUCCACCCAAUACAAUGACCCUGUCCUCCCACAAGCCUCCACUGACAUGUACCUACCUACACAGUUCUAUGGUAUAGCACUAUCAAUUCAUGUUUAUGCCAUUGCGUUCAGGUGUUUUCUUUGUGGUUUGAAUAUUGACAUUUUAUUGGCAUUAAACACACAAAUAAAUAGAUAAACAAAUAAACACAAACCUUGGUCUGUGCUCAUAAUGUUUGUCAUAUUGUCACAUAAUAGGUUAUGAAUGUAGAAAAACAAGACUAACGUAUCUAAAACAAGUGUCAGUAUCCUAAUGGGUUAGAUACCCAGGGGCUUCAGGACUUAACAAUGAUGUUACCUUUGGCCCAUCUAUAAAUACAUCUAUAAAUACUGUGGUCAUGCAUCCACAGCUGUGACACUGUCUGCAGUCCAAAUGUCACCCUAUUCCCUAUAUAGUGCACUACUUCUGACCAGGGCCCAUGGGCCCUAGUAAAAAGUAGUGCACUAUGUAGGGAAUAAGGUGCCAUUUGGGACGUAUCUAUUGUGGCAUGGGUAUGGGAGCAAUGUAGAGGAGGGGAGUGGGAGGAGGGGGGGGGGGACACAGGGUGACACUGGAGAGUGUGACACUGUGGGAGAACAACUAUGUGUGACAUUGAGUGAGAUGACUGACGUGGAGGUGGGCAGCAAGACAGUGUGGCGGGUGGGUGUGGCCAGGGAGGACGUCCACAGGGGGAGACUCCAACGGGACCAGUAACGGUCUCUGGACUAUCCCUGAAGGGAGGGGCCAUCUUGGCCUGUACACCAUUACAUUUACAGAGACCAAGGCUUCCUCAGUGAGCGUGGCCAUUAGUAUGAUAUCUUACAAUAUGCACGGUGUGCGAGAUAGACAGCUAGGAGAAAAGUGCUCCACGAAAUGAGAUCGUAAAAUCUAAGUGCACACACGUUAUGGCCUACCUACCUACCUACCCGAAUAACAUUAGGACAAAUUCAAAGCUUUGGAAAAGUACAGAAUCAAUGACAAGGAAAGGACACUAGAUAUUUUUCUCAUAAUCUUUUGUUUAUUCUUCGUAUAUUUUUUUU